UCCUUUGAUUUGGAGAAACAGAGGAAAAAAAAAACACUAUUAAAUGAUACUAAACAGCACAAACAAGCUCUAGCUAGCUAGUUUGAUCGAGUAGACAUGGAAGUAGCUGAAGAUGAUUUGUUCUUCGCAGAUUUAAGCAAGCAAAUCUCUCUUCUAAUCAUGGAGGACGACGACAACAACAACGACGACCGCCCGGUUGUAAACUGUCCUUCAGUUUCUCUCCAGGAUUUCUCUGGAGCAAUCAACCCACCUGCACGAUUACCUCCAGUUCUCUACGAGCAAGCUUGCCGCCGGGAAAGCAAAGGGACCGGAGUUUUUAUCCCGCAGCUGUCACAGCAGAGGAGGAAGCAGAGGCAAGGAAGAUUUGCUUCUUACAACACAAUAUCCCAUAGGCAGCCCGAUGGUACGAGGAUGGUUUCCCGAGUAUCUUCCAACUAUUCUUUUAGACCCAAAAAAGGUUGAGUAGAGAUCCUUAAUUAUGAUCAGAUCGAGGUGUAUAAUUCAAUAAUUUCUACUAAUAAUUCUUUGCCAAGGCAAGGAUAUGAAGAUCGAUUCUAAGGCUUAUAAUUAAUAUGGUGAUCUUCAUGUACAUGGAAAAGCUAUGUAUACUUAAUACUUUGUUCCUUAAUCUCAUGUAAUUAUGGAGAGGUUCACCAAAGGUUUCUACCCCUCCAAUAUUUGUGGACACGUAUGGCUGUUAUUUAGUUUUGUUAUAGUAUAAGCUUUUAAUUCAUUCUAUUAUCGUUAA